AUUUUCGUAGCAUGAUUGCAAAGCAAACCCACCAUUUAAACCCUUCCUCCCACCUUCUUCCCCAUUCAUUCCUUCCUUCCAAUGGGGUGGCUUCACUCCCUCGUCUCCCCAUUGAAGAAGCUCUGGGAUCGUCUGCACUCGAGCCACAGAAAGCGAAAGGGGAUAUAUAUAUUGUACAAGGACGUGAGGUCUUGUCCGUGCGAAGAUGUGCAUGUUCUCUGGUCCAUCCUGGUUGACUCGCAGUCGCAACCUGCAGCUGCUGCAUUGCCAUCGACCUGAUUAUUAUUUAAGAGGAUAGUUUUAUCUUCUUGUACAUGAUAAAUUUCACUGCGUUAUACUAUAUAUAGUGUACAUACGUACGUUGAUAAUCCUAUAAGCCUUUUUUUUUGGGUUUCCUGCUAUCUUUAGCUUGACUAAGCGUUAAAUUGUGUCAUGCUACUUUCUCAAUAAAAAUUAAAAACUUUUACUUCUUGAUUCUUUUUUAAUUUAUUCAAUUUAAUUUUUGAGAAAGAAGAUAAAAGUUUAGCAAAAAGAAUUGAUGGUGUGGACAUUAUUAUUUUUUUUUUUAAAGGAUAAAGAAGAGAAUAAAUAUUUAAAAUUCUACCAGGCAAAAUAAUAUAUUUAGAGACGGAAAUAACAAUUACAAAGAGAAGCUUCUAGGGCAAAAGGAGCAAGCAAAAUCAUAACCAAGCUGAAUGAAACUUACUAGGCAACGGAUGAUGACGAACGAUCGCGCUAGGAGAGGAAUGGCCCACAGAAGCCAAGGUAUCCGCAACAAAAUUAGUUUCUUGAAAAAAGUUGUUUAGAAUUUUAAUUGGUGUUUUAAUUUAAUAAAAGAAAAUCGGUGGGCUUUGGGUUGAGAUUAAUAUUUUGAAGAGCGGCCCAACAUAUCUUCUACUCUAGUAAGUAGUAACCCUAAAACCCUACUCCUCCUUCCCCGGCGAAAAAGCUCACAACGCAGACACUCACAGGAGGGAAAGAAGAGCGGAGGCGCAGAAAUUGAAAUUUGAAACACAAGGUAGAGAAAGACAGCCAUGGCGGAUAGCAAGGCGGUGACGAUCCGGACGAGGAAGUUCAUGACCAACCGUCUCCUCUCCAGAAAGCAGUUCGUUAUCGAUGUUCUGCAUCCAGGAAGACCGAAUGUUUCCAAGGCGGAGUUGAAGGAGAAACUGGCAAGGUUGUAUGAAGUGAGGGAUCCAAAUGCCAUCUUUGUUUUCAAGUUCCGCACCCAUUUCGGAGGAGGGAAGUCCACUGGUUUUGGCUUGAUUUAUGAUUCUGUUGAGAAUGCAAAGAAGUACGAGCCCAAGUACAGGCUGAUCAGGAAUGGAUUGGAUACAAAGGUGGAGAAGUCAAGGAAACAACUCAAGGAAAGGAAGAACAGAGCCAAGAAGAUCCGCGGAGUAAAGAAGACUAAGGCUGGUGAUGCUGCCAAGGGCGGGAAGAAGAAAUGAGCUUCUACACAUUCUGAGGCUGCCUGUGUUCGUCUCAGCAUGUUUCUGCAUCAACCUCUGUGUCUCUUAGCCCCUGUAAAAGUUUUGACGAUUGAAUUGAGGCUUAUGUUGUGAUUUUGCAGCGUUUAAUCCUCAGAUUUUUUUUUUUUCCGCCCUUAUAUUGAUCGUGCUUUUAGACUUUUAAUCAUGAAAAUUAGUCGGAGAUCAUUUGCAUUAAUUCAAGACAAGAAAGAAACUACGCAGAAUAUCGUCGCAAAUUUGCAAAUUCGUUGAUUGUAGUUUCUGUCUACGGAUGUGUUGCAACCAAAGAAUGGUCCAUGAUAUUUAUUUUCCUGUUGCCUUGUUUAUUGCCAAAGAUCUAUCAAUUUGACUGAGAAUUCAGCAUAUGUAAACGAAUCUUUGAGCAUA